AUGGCACCCCUUCCACGGGAAAGAGUUAAUAUCGAGUUCGGAGGAAGUUUAACACUACCCGCUGAACCUGAUAGUAUUGGAAUACCUCUUAACAGAGUAAAAAGGUGGGACCUGGACAAGAUGCAAGCUCAAAGUUUUUGGAAAAGGUGGAGUGGAGAAUAUCUUCCACAACUCCACAAAAGAGGUUGCUGGUUGUCAAAAAAGGACAAUGUUAAAGUCGGUUCAUUGGCUAUUUUAAAGGAAGACAAUACACCAUCUCUCAAGUGGAAAAUGGUCAGAAUUACCAAGGACCAUCCUGGAGAUGAUGGAAUCGUUCGUGUGGUCACUAUCACUAACUCAGAUAGCAGGGAGUUCCAGCGUCCAACAUCCAAAAUCACAGUGCUGCCCAGUGUCAAAGAGGAAGAUGAUGCAGCCUAA